AUGAUCAAUAUGUCAUAUGGUGGGAAAUGGGAAUUUCGAAGUAGAAUGCUAUUUAUAUUUUUUCCCUUUCGUAUGAAUAGUGCAAUUAUUUUAAAUCUGGGAAAUUUAUAAAAUCGAUAUCAUAUAACAUGAAAUUUGAAUAGAUUAAAAAAUACUGGAUUAAAAAAAGAUUCUGAUAAAAUAUACAACUUGUAUAGAUAAUUUGUAUUACAGUGUAGAUAAUUAAUGCGGUAUUUACAAUUAUCUCAGCAUCUUGUAGUGUGUAUACAUGGUAAAUCACUAAAAGCAAUGCAAUCCAAGAGGCAAGCUCUUUUACUCUCUUCAUCAAAUUGCCAUGGAUAUUCUUUAUUGGAGUUUGCAAGAGACGAAAUAUGCAAUUUCUUAAAAAUGAACAAUGUUGAGGAAUUAAUAUUUGUGCCAUACGCACAGAAUGAUUUUGACAGCUAUACAAAUAAAAUCAAGGAGGUUAUCAACCCAUGGGGAUUUUCUGUGAAAGGUUUGCACUCAUAUGGAGACCCAAUAGAUGCAAUCAAAUCUGCUAAAGGUAUCUUUAUAGGAGGAGGAAAUACUUUUCUUUUACUAAGCAGAUUAUAUGAAAAAAAAUUAGUACAGUUAAUACGAGAAAGAGUAGAGAAUGGCAGCUUGGUCUAUAUGGGAAGUAGUGCAGGAACAAAUGUAGCAACAAAAAGUAUUCAUACAACAAAUGACAUGCCAAUUAUUUAUCCUCCCAGCUUUGAUGGUAUUGCUAUUGUGCCAUUCAAUAUAAAUCCUCAUUAUAUUGAUAAAGUUGAGAGUGAAACCCACAAAGGAGAGACCAGAGACCAAAGAAUAAGCGAAUACAUGGAAAUGGACCAUGCUAAUCCAGUGCUUGGAUUGAGAGAAGGUUCAAUUCUAUAUGUCAAUGGAAACUCACUUAUUUUGAAAGGAGUGGCUGGUGCCGUAGUAUUCAAAAAGAAUGAAAAGAAAAUCGAGUAUGAUGUUGGCACAGAUGUGUCAUUUUUAUUAGAUAAAAAUUAAAAUAUUUUUCUAAUGUGCAUAGGUCAUAUCUAUGCAAAUACCAGUCGCAACCUAACAUAAAUGCUAAGAAUAUAAAGAAAAUCACUACAAUGUUUUAUGAAUAUGCAGUUUUAUGAAUAAGUAUCAAUUCUAACCAAUAUUUAUUAAAAUAUUUAUUCACUGUA